CGCUACGUCGAAAUCGACCGCUCAGCCGCCAUCCACGGCCCCGCCACAGCCUUCCUCCCCGAAGGCCGACAGCUCGUACGCCGCGACGACCGGCGCUCCGAGCGCGAGAUCCGCGACGAAAUCCGCUUCCUUGAGGAGGAGCGCCGCAUGCUCAAGUACGAGCGCGAGGGCGACCGCGAGUAUGAGUUUGUUGAGCGUACGCCCCGCAAGGAGGUUAUGCGCGUUGACAGAGACCGGAAGGGUAGGUUAGCCCUUGUUCGCUCGGCCCAUUAG